AUGGUUUUCAGUGGCGUUCGCUUUGGUUGCGCCGUUUUUGCCCUCUCUGCCUCGUCUUUUGUGGGCUUUUCGUUGCUCAGACCGUUUUCUUUUACGACAACUACUGACGAACCUAAACCUUGUCAAAAUCAAAUUCUUUGGAAUCACCAAUGGGACAACUCGGAUAAUGGUGAUAGAAGUCGCUUGAAACUCAUUAUUCUUGUUCGUCAUGGCCAAUAUGAUGUUAAAGCCCCUUCUUCAGGUGAAAAGGUUCUCACACCCCUUGGCUGGAAGCAAGCUAUCGCGACUGGAAAUAGAUUGCGGGAGCUCGGUUAUAAAAUAGAUUGCAUUGUCCAUUCUAAUUUGAUACGUGCGCGGCAAACGACAGCUGGCAUUCUUUCACAACUUGAUCAGGUUCAAAUUUCCGAUACUGGGAUACUUGAGUUAACUGAAAAUAGCUCCAGUUCUAAUUGCGAUAAUGAUGAUGAUGCGCCUGUUCGACCAUCUCCACUCUUCUCGAAAAGCUACCCUCUUCUCGAAUCCCCGCUUUUGGCCGAGGGCCCUCCUCCUGUUGAGCCCGAACCUUGUUCUUCCUCACGGAAAAAGUACGUCGAGAGUUUAAGUGGUUCAGAAUUAGCUGAGAGAAUUGAGAUGCAAAAUCAGAUCUACUCAAGUUUCCAAUAUCACAUACAUCGUCGAUCUAUCAACGAGUAUCUUCCACCGGCUUUCCAUGUAAAACAACCAGUUGAAGUAAUUCUUUUCGUGGGGCACGCCAAUGUCUUCCGCUACUGGCUGUGUCGAGCUCUCCAGUUACCUCCGGAGGCUUGGUUGCGAAUAUCCCUUCCCCAUGGAAGUAUUACAGAGUUGCUCGUGGAAGCCUCUGCAGAAAAAAAGACUUGUACUGUGGUUGCCCUGAGGAUUGGUGAUGAUGGGCAUAUGCCGAUUGAAUUGAUAUCCCGUUAA